UGGUACUGCCUUUAUGGCAACUGUCCCGUACACCGUCAGUGGAGUCAAACGAUUGCAUCCGGUCUUUAGGAGGAAUGGAAAGAGAGCAUGUGAUGUUACUUUUGGACGUUAUUAACAUCCAUUUAACAAGGGCAAACUCCAUCUUAACUCCUCCUCCACGUUUAUUCGAUUGGUUGAACAGUGCAAAAGAGAACCUCCCCGAUAGUUAUUUUCUCUCGUCAGGAUUAGAAAUUACACAAUACAACGGACCUUUCUUUUUCAGAGACUGAUUCUCGGCAGUUAAGGUCCAUUAUGGUGGAUCAAGGAUAUGUACAGGGCUGGCACCCAGCUGGAAAGGACCCCUCUCAGAGCCACCUGGGGGGGUCCUAGACCGCCAGCGACGACGGGUCUCUACGUUCCUCACUACGUUAUUUUCUACCCAAAGGCCUCAGUCACUCUCCCUUGCCCCUCUCAACCCACAGAUUUUAUACCAAAUCAUACCCCAAGCUCUUACUCUUAACUCCAGUCCACAGCCCAUAAACCUCCAGUCUAACUGACCAUGAGGGGACAGAAGGUGAGCAUGUUAUUGGGCUGUGCUCUCCUCUGUUCCGCCUCUCUCCUCUACCUGGGCCUGAGUGGCAUCGACUGCCCUCCCCCUGACCACGCCCACCGCCAUACCUGGGCAGAUGCCCACCUGGGCUCCACCAAUCAGAGCCAAGCAUCUCCCAUUUACUAUGGCGAGGACACACCCCUCAUUUUCAUUGGUGGGUUCCCUCGGAGCGGCACCACACUGAUGCGGGCCAUGCUGGAUGCCCACAAUGCAGUGCGUUGCGGGGAGGAGACACGGGUGAUCCCACGUCUUCUUGCCAUGCGUGCCACCUGGAGUCGCUCGGCCAGAGAGCGGGUCAGACUGGACGAGGCCGGGGUCACUGACCAGGUGUUGGACUCAGCAGUGCGGGCGUUCUUACUGGAGGUAAUAAUAGGUCAUGGGGAGCCAGCAGCCAGGCUCUGUAACAAGGAUCCAUUUGCUCUGAAGUCUCUGUCCUACCUGGCCCGUAUUUUCCCCCAGGCCAAGUUUGUUCUCAUGCUACGGGAUGGAAGGGCUACCGUCCACUCCAUGAUCUCACGCAAGGUGACCAUCUCUGGUUUUGACCUGACUAGUUACAGGGACUGUCUAACUAAGUGGAGCCGUGCGGUGGAGGGCAUGUACUCCCAGUGCCAGGGGGCGCCUGAGGGCAGCUGUCUGCCUGUGCGCUACGAGCAGCUGGUACUGCACCCAGAGGUAGAGAUGAGGAAGCUGCUGAGCUUCCUGGGGUUGCCAUGGGACCCGGCCGUGCUACACCACGAAGACCUUAUUGGCAAGGCCGGCGGAGUGUCGCUGUCCAAAGUGGAGCGGUCCACAGACCAGGUUGUGAACCCUGUAAACACAGACGCCCUGUCUAAGUGGGUGGGUCAUAUCCCCUCUGAUGUGCUGCGUGAGAUGGAUGACAUCGCCCCCAUGCUCGCCCGCCUCGGCUAUGACCCCCUGGCAAACCCCCCAGACUACGCCCGGCCAGACCCCAUCAUAGCACCCAACAACUACACACUGCUUAAGAGAACAGAAACCCUACAUCCCAGUUAGGUGGAGGAGGUAAACACAAGGCACUUUGGACAUUCUAGAACCCUCUCCAGUUCCACAUUCCAUGCUCCUUUCCCAUUGGCUCUCAGCCCACCAUCAACCCCAAUAAAGAGGAUUCUAAACUGCAUAUGUGUUUUUGCAUAGGCCACCGUGACUGUUAGCCUAUGUUGUUAUUUGAGGGUAAUGAGGGCAUCAAAUAUGGAUCUGUUUAUUGCCCCACAAUUCUGUGGGACAGUGGAUGCCACUGUGUGGGAUCUCCGGUGCCUCUUCCCUUGACUCAUUCUCAGGAAAGUCCCCUGUCUGAAACUCUGCCUCCUCUCCUUCCACCUAGCCCUCCAUGUACCAAUAGUGUUGCAGUGUAAUGUGAAUUUGUACCACAAUUGUUGAACCUGAUACCAUUUCUAUAUGUUUCUUAUUAACUUCCUGUCACUCAUCCAAAAUCUGUGAACAUGUUUUUGGAAAGAUCUGUGUGUGUGUAUAUAUAUGUGUGUGUGUGUGUAAGUAGGCAUACAUUUAUAUUUUUCAAGAUGUCAUGUUUAUUUUCUUAAUAAAUUAUAUUGUUGGAGAAUUCAUUCAG